CAGAAGAAUAUUAGACUUCACCUUGGAGAUCAUCUACCUGCUGAGCGGAGAGGAUUACACCAUAGUGAAGAAGACAUCGGGGGGGACUCCCAUCAUCCAUGAGUCAGGAGUGUGGAGCAGGACCCCCAUCACAGAGCUUCCCCCCCUGAUACAUGAGCAGAAGAUCCCAGAACUCACCCACAAGAUGAUUGAGCUGCUGACUGGAGAGGUUCCUGUAAGGUGUCAGGAUGUGGUGGUCUAUUUCUCCAUGGAGGAGUGGGAGUAUAUAGAAGGACACAAGGAUCUGUACAAGGAGGCCAUGAUGGAGGCUCCCCGGCCUCUGACAUCACCAGAAAAUCCCAGUAAGAACUCUGAGAAAAUGAUGUUAUCACUAGAUUGUAAAGAAGAAGAUGAAGUUAUCGGGCAUCGCUCUUCAGGAGAAAAUCUAUCAUAUAAUCCCCCUAAUCAUGAGGAACCUGCCCCUGACCAAUCACAGAUUGCUGCCACAAGUACCGGGCAGAAAUUGGAUAAAUGGUUUCAUUGUGGGGAAUGUGGAAAACAGUUUAAACAAAGAUCAAGUCUUAAUGUCCACAGAAGAAUUCACACAGGAGAGAAUCUAUUUGCAUGCUCAAUGUGUUUGAAAAAUUUUCCCAAAAAAUCUCUUCUCAUAAGACAUGAGAGAAUUCACACAGGAGAGAAGCCGUUUUCAUGUUCAGAAUGUGGGAAAUGUUUUGCACGUAAAUUAGGUCUUGUUAAACACAACAUAACUCACACAGGAGAGAAGCCAUAUCCAUGUUCAGAAUGUGGGAAAUGUUUUACACAUAAAUCAUAUCUUGUUAUGCAUAUGAGAUUUCACACAGGAGAGAAGCCAUAUCCAUGUUCAGAAUGUGGGAAAUGUUUUACACAUAAAUCAGAUCUUGUUGUACAUAUGAGAAUUCACACAGGAGAGAAGCCAUAUUCAUGUUCACAAUGUGGGAAAUCCUUUAUUACGAAAGGCAGGCUUCAAGAACAUCAGAGAAGUCACACUGAAGAGAAACCAUUUUCAUGUUCAAUAUGUGGGAACUGCUUUAAAUCUAAAUCAAAUCUUGUUCAGGUUGUACCAGAAGUUGUCUCCUACGUGUUAAUGGGUAAACGACAGUAUAGUCUUACCCUGAAGUUUUCUCUGGACAGCAAUCUGUGA